UUCUUUAAACAAAACAGAUGGCCAGAAAGUGUAGGCAUUAAAAUACCUGGUCUGUUAUCUAAUAUGCUUGAGAAAAAGGCCCGUCCGGGGUACAGGAAAAUAAUCAAAAACUCCGCCAAAACGUUGAUCGUAAUUGAGGCUGUUCUGUUUGGCCUUUCGUACGCGGGCUGGCACCGAUUGAACACGAACCGAGAAUUCCGAUACUACAUCAAGGAGAACUACCCGAGCGUGCUGGAAGCGUACUAUCAGAUUGGGGAAACAUUUAGCGGCGACAAGGCCAUCCGAGCGUACGACGAAACCGUCUGGCAGCAAGAGCAGCAUACGAAGAACACGAAGAAUCACAAUCAGUAA